CAUACACACUCACACGCACACACACAGAGGCGCCCGCCGCCGUGAAUCACGGACCGGCUCUCUCUCACUCGCAACCACCGCCGGCCGUCACUCCACGCCAAAGUCCCGCGGAGAGGGAGACAACAUGCCGCGGUCUUUCUUGGUGAAGAAACAUCACAGCGCCAAGAGAGCAAACUAUGGGAGACUGAACUCAAACCCUGGAGAGGCCCACUGCAGCAUGCACAAAGACUCUCAGCUGCACAAUGACGUCCCCCCUCAUCAUCAUUGUCCUGCCCAAAGCCCAUGGUUAAAGCAGGGAGCCCAGUCUCUCUCCUCCUCCUCCUCCUCCUCCUCCUCCUCAUGUCCUCUUUCUCUCGGAGCAUCUUCUCCACACUCCUCCCCUCUUCACCUUUUGGGCCACUCCUCAGAAGCUUACAGCAGAAGCACUGCAGAUGCAUACAAACCAGCCGAAUCCUGUUCCAAAUUGAACCUGGACAUCCAGUGUGUCAUAGGAGACCACAGGAGGACUGAGAGCCUCGUCCCUUCAUCCCUCCCUCUCAUGGCCUUCUUUCCAACCAUUCCUCCCGGCGGCAGCAGCCACGAGUGCUUUGAGUGUUUGGACUGUCAGAAAGAGUACUUAAGCUUCUCCAGCCUGACCAAACACAAGCAGCUCCAGUGUAAGUGGAGCAGUAAGAAGUACUUCAGCUGCAAGUACUGUGAGAAGGAGUACGUCAGCCUGGGAGCACUCAAGAUGCACAUCAGGACACACACACUGCCCUGUGUGUGCAAACUCUGUGGCAAGGCGUUCUCCAGACCCUGGCUGCUUCAGGGACAUAUACGAACACACACAGGAGAGAAACCAUUUUCAUGCCUCCACUGCAGCAGAGCUUUUGCUGACCGAUCCAACCUGCGAGCUCACCUCCAAACCCACUCUGAAGUGAAAAAGUACCAGUGUGCAAGCUGCUUCAAGACCUUCUCCAGGAUCUCACUGUUAGCCAAGCACCAAGAGGCCGGCUGCCCGCUGUCCUGACAGCCUGUUGACUUACACCUGCUCCAAGAUACUGUUCUGGAGAGUCUCACUGGUCCAGAA